UUGCUGCAGACGUCUGCUAGUGCUAGCUUCUAGAUGUAGAUUUCAAAUUCCCCAAAUGUUCGAGCGAUUGGUUGUCAUGGCCACAAAUCUAACAAAGUUUUGAAUCUCAUUUCGUAAGAUGCCUGAAACGGAAGAUAAAAUUCCCGCAUUCUAUCCUACGAAGCCUCCACUUGAUAAAAAGUUUAGACCAAAUGCCGUGAAAUCCAUUAUACAAACAAUUCUCAAUGAAGAAUUGAGUGGGAAGCAAUAUGAUGCUGAGCAAACCCCAGUCUGGAGCAGAUCAAUAGCAGAUAAAAUAAAAAACAAAAUCAAAGAACUAAACUACUCCAGAUACAAAAUCAUUGCACAAGUUUUAAUUGGAGAGCAGCGAGGAGAAGGAGUUCGAAUGGCAACCAGAUGUUUGUGGGAUGCUGAGGCAGACAACUAUGCCACCCAAACAUUCAUGAGUGAUUCUCUAUUUUGUGUGGCAGUUGCAUAUGGUGUCUAUUAUUAUUGAAGGAGCCAAAAUUAAUAUGGGUAGCAUUUCUCAAGGUUUAAUUUUACUUCAUGAUUUUUCUCAUUAGUAUUUGACCAAUACAAAAUUUUACA